GUUCGAUAUUACGUCAUGACGUGAUGACGUCGACCCUGGUAGUCCGAGACCGACUCUCCGGACUCCGAUGCGAGUGACUGGCGACUCACUUCCGACUCUCGCUCUUCCAUCCUUCCCGUACAUCACUUGGACACGAGAUGCCAUCCUCGCCACUCUUGGUCAUGUCCAGCCUGGCGGCCGUCGUGACCAUCGGGUACAUGAGCCUGAACCAUUACGCCUUGCGGCAGGAUGCCAAGGACGUCGCCAUCCUGACGGAGAGGAACGUCAAGAGUCUAAAUAAAUCUAUGGCAGACUGCGUCCAAAAUAGAGAAACGAAAGACGGGUUGAUUAGGAAACUCGAGACCUACGUGAACCAGGUCAACAAAGAGAAGACAGAUCUAGAAGCCGCUGCCAAGGCCAAAGAAGACGCUAUAGCGAAAGCAACAGCCGAGCGCAACGAUUUAACGGCAAAAAUCGCCGAGGCCAACAAGAAGAUCGAAGCCCUCAACCAGGAACUUGGAGCCGUCAACAAAGCCGCUCCUGCUGCUUAGAAAAUAAUAAUAAAAAAAAAAACGUGAAUUCUCAAUGGGAGGCCGUUUGAACGCUAUUUUAAAUGUUUUAAAAAGUGUCCAUUUGCUUGAAGAGUCCCCCUUUUUUUUAAGGAAUUCAGAACGGUAGACUUUAUUAGGCCUACAGAAGCGUAUUAGAAGUCUGUGUUACUUAGGCCUAUAUGUGGUUGACUGUUAUAGUUUCACAUGAGAAAGUGUGUGUUUUUGUUGUA